CCAAUAUUUCCUAAUCUGAUCUCUUAAUAAUUAUCUUUUGGAUUAGUUUGUUGUGUUGUUGUAGUCUAUCUUGUAGUGUAGUUUAUCUUUAUCUUCUUUUCCCUAUCUUUUCUCAUUCGGUUAAGUUGAUUGUAAUCUUAUCCAUCCAAGUGUGGAUCUCCUGGUGUAUAUAUAUUGCUUCAAUGAAUAUCAUAAAGUAAGUUUUGGUUUUACUAUCUUUUGACUCUCAUUUAUUAUGGUAUCAGAGCCAAACUAAAUUAUCCAUCUUCAUUUCUUUCUUAUGGAAGAAAAAACAUCAUCUCCGUCAAAGUCAAUUAAUGACUUUGAUGAUCCAUACCUUAUUCAUCACUCUGAUAGCCCUACCUCCGUUCUUGUUUCACCACUCUUAACACCAAAUAAUUAUAGUACAUGGGUCCGAGCAAUGCGUAUGGCACUUCGUGCCAAAAAUAAGCUAGGAUUCGUCACUGGUGAAAUUCCUAAACCCACCUCUCCUAAUCAACUUCACCAAUGGCAACGUUGCAAUGAUUUGGUUUCUUCUUGGAUCCUUCACUCCAUCUCCCCAGAACUUCGUGGCAGUAUCCUAUACGACACAUCUUCUAAGGAAGUUUGGGAUGAUCUUCAUGAUCGUUUUUCUCAACCCAAUGCAUCAAUGUUGUUCAAGCUGAAGAGAGAAAUAUCUCAUCUUACUCAAGAAAACAUGUCUGUGUCGCAGUAUUUUACUAGGCUUAAAACUCUUUGGGAUGAGCAAUCUUCCUAUAUUGCACUUCCAGCUUGUACUUGUGGAGCCAUCAAAGCAGUAUCAGAUGUAUAUCAUCAAGAUCGGGUCCUGCAAUUUUUGCAAGGUUUGGAUAGCUCUUAUUCGAACUUGCGGAGUCAAUUACUGCUUCUCGAGCCAUUGCCGUCCGUUCAGAAGAUUUAUUCUCUUAUUCAGCAAGAAGAAAAGCAACGUGAAUUACAUCAUGCUCCAGCCAUGGUUCCUGAAGCAGCAGCUCUUAUCGUUGCUAAUAGGAGUAACAGUGCACCAAAAGGUCCGAACGAUUUGCAAUAUCGGUCUCGCAGACCUCAUUGCAACUAUUGUGAUCAGGAUGGGCACAUAGAAGCAAAGUGUUAUAAGAAGCACGGUUACCCUCUUAAUGCAAAGAAGAAAGGUUCGCAGACUCGUGCGAUUGGUUCGUUUGUGCCUGCUAAUGAAUCUUCUGGCGGGUCUUCGAGUCAAACUCAUAGGAAUAACACUUUUGCUGCCACAAUUGAGCAUGUUGCUGCCACACCCCUAGAUACUAAUUACAUGCAACCUUCUGCUCCAAUCACUCAAGCCCAAUAUCAACAAAUUCUUGCCAUACUUUCUUCAGGUACUUCUACCUCCACGGCGAAUCUUGCAGGACCAGUCAACGAAGAAGAAGAUUGGAAUGGGCAGGAUGCAUGAUGGACUUUACCUCCUUCAACCUCCUCAAGCCUUUAUGGUCUCUUCCACCUCGUCUUUUGAUCUUUGGCAUUGG